GGGGAACAGAGGAAGGAGAAAGAGACAGAGUGGUGAGGAGGAGAGAGGCAGCGUCUCUUACUGAUGCUGAGUCACAUUACAGAGGGACCAAAGCCACAUCCCAUGAGUCUUUGGGAAUCAUGGAGGAGCUUGAGCACACCUGCCCCCAUCCCCGGACGACUCUGACAAAGCCUGCCAUCUUUGCCAGGGAGACCAGUUGUGAUUGUCGCGCUCCUCAUGAGAAACUCACCAUCGCUCAGGCCUGCAGAGGCACUCCAGUGGACCGGCCAGUUAGAGUCUACGCAGAUGGCAUCUUUGACCUGUUCCACUCUGGACACGCUCGUGCUCUCAUGCAGGCCAAGAACCUCUUUCCCAACACCUACCUCAUAGUAGGAGUGUGCAGUGACGAGCUGACCCACAAGUUCAAGGGUUUCACAGUCAUGACGGAGAUUGAACGUUAUGAAGCGUUGAGACACUGUCGCUAUGUGGACGAGGUUUUGAGAGACGCACCCUGGACUCUCACACCGGAAUUCCUUGAGAAACACAAGAUUGAUUUUGUGGCUCACGAUGACAUCCCAUACUCCUCAGCAGGAAGUGAGGACGUUUAUAAACACAUCAAGGAGGCGGGGAUGUUUGUGCCUACACAGCGGACAGAGGGCAUCUCUACAUCUGAGUUGAUCACCAGGAUUGUCAGAGACUAUGACGUCUACGCCCGACGCAACCUGCAACGUGGCUACACGGCCAAAGAGCUUAACGUCAGCUACAUCAACGAGAAGAAGUACCGGCUGCAGAACCAAGUGGACCGAAUGAAGGAGAAGGUUCGCACGGUGGAGGAGAAGAGCAAACAUUUUGUUUACCGUGUGGAGGAGAAGAGCCACGACCUCAUUCAGAAGUGGGAAGAGAAAUCCAGAGAGUUUAUUGGAAACUUCCUCGAACUGUUUGGACCUGAUGGGACUUGGAAACAGGUGUUUCAGGAGCGCAGUGGACGAAUGCUGUCCUACGCUCUUUCUCCCCGAGAGUCGCCCUGCAACAGUCCUCCCCGCGAACUGUCCCCCCUGCGCUCUCCCUCCCCCCCAUCACCCCCCGCCCGCUGGCACAGUGCACGGCCCUCGCCCCCAAACUCCCCCAAAGGAGCAUCCGCCUCCAUAAGCAGCAUGAGUGAAGGUGAUGAAGAUGAGAAGUAGAUGGACUGUUGAACACACACACACACACACACACACACACACACUUCACUCACAGUACACUGCCUGAGAACUCCUACACACACACACACACACACACACACACACACACACACACACACACACACACACUUACACUCCAACGAACACUGGCUGGAUGCUGGAACAUUUUAUCCUCAAGGAAGUUGCAAAUAUGCAAAGCAGACGGGGAUCAUGGGAAAUGAAGUUCUGUGCUGCAGAGCUAAGAAGCCAUCACUUGUCGCUGCUGACAAAGGGAAGAAGAGGAUUUACGACGUCACGUAUCGUGAGAAG